GUCUUAAAUCUCCGUACAACCAUUGGCUAAAGAUUACACAGAGUUUUGUCUUUAAUGGGGGGAAAAAGUUUUUUUUUUCCCGGAAAAGGUUGUUGCAAUUGAAGGUUGAACGGAUAAACUUUUCGACUGAAGAAACAUUUCAAAUCAAAUGCGAGCAAAAAAAACGUCAGCGUCUACAACCAGAAGCUAACGUCGCGUUCCUCGGGAUGAGUCGUUAGCUGCAUGCUAACGUCCAGAAACAGUGGGUCAGCUGAGCGAUGACAGAGCAGGAGCUGAUAGCGGGAUGCGCCACUGAUGUGUUGGUCCUCUUCUCCGAGUCGCCGCACAUUUACACAGGACUGCUGACAGUGGCCACGGUGUGCGGGGGGCUUUCGGGAAUACUCUCUGCUGCUAUUCUCUAUGUCUUCUGCCUGAAGCCUUUGCUGUUGACGAGACAAGGUCACAACGCGAGGCGGCUGCUUGAGCCGGACGAUGGGGAGCUAGACGUGAACCACAGCAGCAGGAAAGAAGCUCCGACUGCCACCGCAAAUGAUAAAGAAAAGAAACAGCCAACCACGAACAGUGAUGUGGCUGCAUUUGCAUCCAGAGCAAAGGUGGUUUAUCCUAUCAACCAAAAAUACAGACCUUUAGCAGACGGAGCGUCCAAUCCAUCUCUGCAUGAGCACUCCAAGUUGCCGGCAAUGCCCAACGAUGAGUCCUCCUCGUCCACCGAUGGAGAGUCUCAGAGUCAAGAACAGGACAACGACGAUAGCAGUCACUUCAUCUCCUCCUCACUGUUCCCCAAGAGCUUGCAGAACCAGAGCUUCACCAGGGUCUCUCACUACCCUCGCACGCUGACACAGCCAGGUUUCGAAGGCAGGAUCAGUCUUUACUGUUUGGCUCUGCAGGAUAUCCAAACACAUUGCUCCCAGCUUCAGGAAGAAAAAUGCCUCAUGUUUCUCCAAAUGGUGAAAAUAAUAUUCAGUGGUCGUUUUCCAAAAGACAAAAAUGAUGCUGACUUCUUCAAGAACAUUCUUCAAAUGCAAGAAAAGGAACUGAAUGAGCUGAAGAAACAGUUGCCUACAGGCCACACUGCUAGCGAGAAAACGAAUGAUGCUCCCUGUACUUUGGAGGAAAUAGAGCGAGCUCAGAAAGAUCUUCUUGAACAGGGCUUUCAAGUGUCCAGAUGUUUCAGCAAACAGGUGGAGGACCUGUGCCAGCAUCUGCUGAAGAACACCAGCGUUUUCUCCCCAGAUGAAGCACAGGAUAUGAUUCUCUCUCUAAUCCAGACUCUGCUGUUAGUAGAAAACCAUCUGAUGAACACACAGGAGGCUGAUCUGAAGGGUAUCCAGAAGAAAUUGCUGUGGUGGGAGGAGUUGACGGGGCUUCUUCAAUCCCAAGCUGUCCUGCUAAAUCAGGAAGUGUCUCUGAGGCAGGGCUUGAUAGCAACAACACUCGAGCAGCUGACAAGCGAUGACGUCUUGACUUUCAGCCACAUGGAAAAGAUACUCUCAGAGGUUCAAGCAACUGUGACUGAAGGCCUUCAACUGUGCACAGAGGAGUGCAUGAGGAAAACGAAGGAGCUGGUGGAUGAAAAGAGCAGCAAAUUAGAGUCGAAGAGGAAGAAGCUUUUGAGGAGCCAGACCAAGGAGAAGAGCUGCGCCCUGGAACUGAAACAGACUUACAAUGACCUUAAGCAGCUCACCAAGGUGUAUCAGGAGCUGCUGACAAAACACAGGCAGCAGAUUUGUGACUUGGAGCAGCAGAAGGACAACAGGAUGGCUGAAGCCCUCUGUGACCAUUGGAAGAAACUCCGUGCCUCCUGGUCAAAGAGGCUUGGCGAUCUAGCCAAGGAUGUUUUUCUCACCUCGGUCCCGGCCCUGUCAAAAGUCUCUGCCGAACGUUGCGAGAAGCUGUGGUUGGACCUGGAGCAGGAGCUGGUUGCACAUCUGCAGCAGGCGGAGUGCACUACAAAGCUGCAACUGGAGGACAUGAAGGCUCAGAUGGACAAGGAUCGACAGGUGUGGAAUGAAGAAAUGGUUUUGGUGCAGUCCUGUUUUAAACAUCUGGGUGAACAACAGAUGACGAUCCUCCGGGCCAUGGUGGCCAGACAGAGCUACACACUCAACAGCCACAUCGGAAGGUUGAUAGAGAAGAAACAAGAGCACCUCCUGGUGGCUGUGCAGAGGUACUUUGUGGUCAGGCACUUUACUCUGCACAUGCUGAAGGAGAUGAGACUGUCAAAGCUGAAGGAACUCUCUCAGACUGAUUUUAGAGCUGUGCUAAUGGAAGAGCCCAGUAAGAACCAGCCCUGUGUCAGUUCAACGCUCAAGAAUAGCAGUGCCAGCCUAGCAGAGCGGCAUCUGGGUCCAGAGAGUCAGCUUGUUGGACACAGCUUCCAGCAGGAGUUCUUGUCUGAACUGGAAUCAGGGAUGGAGCUUCUCCAGAGCCAUGCACAGCUGGUGGUAGGCAACGCCCUUAGCCACGCAAUCCGACAGAUGAUGCAGAACCCACCUGCUGAGUUGCAGACUUCUCCACAACAGGAUGAUGGUUUGAAGUCCCACUUGACAGAGGCUGCCUCGGAGAGCGUGUAUGUGACCAAAGAUUCUCUCACUGCAAUGGUCCAAAGCUACUAUGCCCACCUGAAGGACAUCAUCAAAAGAAAUGAGCGGGAUCAGGUUAACAUAAAACAGGAGGUGAAUGAGAAACAAGAGAGCAGCAGUCAGCUGAGUAGGUCCUUGCUGAAGGAGCUGGUGAACUGGGGCAAGAAACCCACUUCUGCUGAGUUUCAACAGAGGGUUGAAUUCCACAAAAGAAGGGUGUUGGCGCAGUGUGACUUGGACCAGGAAAUGAUAUAUGAGGAACUUAGGAGGAAGAAAGUGGCCCAGGAUCAGAACACAGAAAGUAUCAAAGCACAGCUGCUGGAGGCAGAAGAAAGCUUCAUUACUGAGCUGGCAGCCUUGGCCCGGGUCUCUCUGCACAAAGAACUCCCAGAACCCAGCUGUGAAGAGGACAACACUGGUAAUGAGACCACUGCAACUAUAUUGGACUUGCUGUCCCUAAACCCGGCAUUAGAUCCAGCCUUGAAUCCUUCACUGACGCCAACCUGUGUGGCCCCUGUGGUGAAAUUGAAACCAAAGAAGAAAAGAGACAGAGAAUCCAAUCUCAACUGAAACCAUAACACAGUCGCUUUUGCAUAUUUGUUGUGUCCUGUAAAACAUUUAUUUUAUUAUUAUGCCAAUUUUUUUCUGUUUUUGCCAAAGAUGUCUAGGAAGGUACCUUGGGUUUGUUUGCAUUAAACAAGAUGGAUCUUUCCCUUAUUUUUGUAAGUGUUCAGACUGUUGAGUCUUAUAUUAAAUGUUUCUGUGCUAGAACAAGGUUACUGACAUGUUGCAAUAUUGACAAAAUAACCAGUCUUCUGAAAAAAUAAAAAGGCAGAUUACGUGUAGAAU